CGAUUUGAUUUAUAAAAUGACAGUGACGAUAACGUUCGUUGAAUUCAGAUUUCAGAAUUAACUUAAAGAACUUGGAAAAUCUUUUAAAAUUAUAAUUAUACACUUUGAUAAUAUUAAUAUAUAUAAUGCGCACGUCAUUGAAUUUUUUUGUAUAAGUUAUUUGAAAAAUUCAUGUGGAUAUCCACUCAUAUAAAACGUUUGAAUGUUUUCUACAACUCAAGACUAAAAACAUAAUACUACACAUAGGUAAGGUAUAGUAAACUUUCAUAGUAAUGGAGUGCAAUACAAGUUGUGAGCCAAUGGAUAUAGAUUUAAGCUCAAAUUCUGCAAAUGCAAUGGACAUAUCAUAUAAUGACCCUGCUCCGCACGAAGAAGGAAUAAACACAGAAUUAGUUACUGAUGAGAAUCAAAGACCAUCUACAACAUUUAAGAAAUUGGUUGUCCAUUUGAAUGAAAACAAAUCAAAUUCAAGAAAACGUACACUUUACAUUUACAUAUCAGGAAUAAUAAUAUUGCUGAUAUCAUGUGUAUUAUAUCAAAUCAAUGCAAAUUUUAAGUGUCAUGGGAAUUUAAAUAUUCAAAGGAUAAGUGAUAAAAUGUCAACUAGACUUUAUGGGCAAUCAACUGCUUCCUCAAAAAUCAUUAAUACUUUAAGAAGUCACACUAAGAAUAAAAUAUUAAUAAUGUAUGGAAGGACUGGUGUUGGAAAAACAUUAUCUGUGUCAUUAAUUUUAGAAGAUAUUAUGAACUUUAGCAACAUUUAUCAUUAUACCAUGCCAACUUUUGUAGACAUGUUCUCAACAGAUCUACUGUUGGGAUUAACUUUGUGCCAAAACUCUAUUGUUGUUAUUGACGAUCUUAAAAGCAAUGAUACAUCUAAAAUUAAAGAUAAAUUGUCAAGUUUACUCAUUAAGACUGAGAAUUUAAAUAAAAAUAUUACUAUUAUUUUAGUUUAUAAUUGUGAUGCAACAAGUGGAGAAUUGUUGAAUGAUUGUGUGACUUUGAUAAAAUCAGAAAUGAAGAGCUUUAAUGACAAUGAUGAAAAUGUAACAGAAUACAUAGAAUUUGAUAGUUUAGAUGAAACCACUCUUAGAAAAUGUGUUGAAUAUGAACUUGGACGGAGAGAAAUUAGUGAAGAAAAAUUCAAAUAUAUUUUAAAAAAUUUUAAUGUCAUUCAAGACGGGUGUAAAAAUGUUCACCAAAAAAUGAAGUAUUUGAAUAUAUUAUGAUUUAAAG